CCAGAAUUGCAGCUUGCCAUGUCGUCACCCCCCAAACGCCCGAAUUCUGGUUUACUGCCGCCCGCUCUCCUACCUCUCUAGGAACACACAACCACCGUUACUCUGCUCUCACUCCCCUGCGUAUCUACUCUUCGCAAGCACUGAGCACCGUCACUGAGGUCCCGGACCCGAUAUCUGCAUCGGUAAGUCGACCCCGCCUAUCAGGCACGGCGAACAUCACGAGCGGGCCCGAACGCUGGGCAGUUCCAUCAGUUCCAGUACCCAGCCACCGCUGUGGACACAUUGCACCUCCACUUCCUUCCACGGGCAGCAGAUCAUUGCUGUCAUUUAUCCCUCUCUACAUUGGGAGCUGCUGUUAUCUUUCCGACCUUUACUGACGUCUCAAGCUACCCAUUACGUAGCCCACACGACAGUACCCAAAAUACACACAAUGGCCCCUCCACCGCCCGCUUCUAUGCCUCUGGGCCAGCGCCUUGCUGCCCUCGCCCAGACUCUGCAGUUUGCUUGGUUCGCCGGACACGUUACGCUGCUGCUCGCUACCCUGCGAUACAGCUUGUCGUACAUCACCUUCAACUACUACUCGCGAUGGGCGUCCUUCUCCUACCGCACCGCCUUCCUGUCGGCAUGCGUCACAUACGGCAUCGUGGUCUACAAGGCCUACCGUGCCCGCAUGAGGGCAGGAAAGCAGGGUGGUGUCGUCGCUCUCGCUACCGAUGAGAACGUCCAAUACUUGAUCAUGGCCCUUGUGUGGCUCUUCUCCCGCCAGAUCCCCCUUGCCAUACUCCCCUUCUCCGUAUACUCCGUCUUCCACGUCGCUACCUACGUGCGCUCCAACCUUCUGCCUACCAUCCAGCCCCCACCUGCGGCUCAGGCCGGCGCCAAGCCGCAAGGUUCCGCUGCCUCCGAGGCUAUUGGCAAGUUCGUCAAGGAGUACUACGAUGGCUCCAUGACUCUUGUCGCCCUUCUCGAGAUCUUCCUGUGGUUCCGCGUCCUCGGCUCUGCCAUGCUCUUCCAGAAGGGCUCAUGGAUCCUCCUCGCUGUCUACACCGUCUUCUUCCGCGCUCGCGUUGCGCAGAGCAGCUUCGUCCAGGAGGCUAUCAACCAGCUCACUGCCCGCAUUGACGCUCAGCUUGCCAACCAGAGCACUCCUCCCGCUGCGAAGCAGGGUUGGGGAACCUUCAAGAACAUCGUUCGCCAGGCUGCUGAUGCCACCGACAUCCGCAGGUACGUUGGUGGUCAGCCCGGAGCUGCCCCCAAGAAGGCCCAGUAAGCGUUUCGCUCUGUUUGCAACGAUGUGCCUGCCUCCAAUAGCGCACGACAAUACACGUGUUGGAGGAUCAUGGUGCGAAUCUUGACGACGGUACGGCAGUCAUGACGAAGAAGACAAUAGACAUAUUUGCGUCGCUUGUGGACGAUUGAUGGAAGGAAAAGUGCUUGAGUUGGAAUCUGGUCGUUUAACGAUAUCCCAAAUGUGCGAGGCUGAUUCAGUCUAGAGUGGAUGGUAGGAUGGUAGAACGGUAGGAUAGUAGUAUGAGUUGGAAGAUUAGGUGGUCGUGGUAGUUUGAUUGGUAGGAAGGGUUGACUACUCCUUGUAUCUGGAGAAGCGUGGUGUUUUUGGUCGGUUAUCAUAUUCGCUAUUGCAGUACAAAUCAAUGCUCGUUAUCGUU